UGAGAAAAAUAUAGUUAAUAAAAGUUUGUGGCCGAAAAUGUAGCAAUUCAAGUAGGGCAACCAACGAAAUUCCGACUCUGUGGACCGACGGCGCCUGGGGAACUCCGCCAUUCGAAGUUUCACGAAGGAAUCAAACAAAGUUUAAAAAAUAAAGAAAGAAAUUUCACUUUUCAGGCACUGUAUUGUGUCGUGACUUGUGACUCGUGAGUUAAGAACUAUCAAUCACAUUCUCAAGGAUAUGGCAAGUUAUGCAGAUAGCACUGGGCCUAUCAUAGCACUCAUCUGGUAGAGGUCCAACUAUGCUUAUAACUCGUGAUCAGAACGGCGGAAGACCUGUAAUUCAGAAUGCUACCUCCUGACCACUGUGCUAAUUUAUUUACUCCUUUAUGUUGCAAGACAAGUCCCUCUGGUUGCUCUUAUCUAAGGUUAGAUGUCUUUCUGUAUCGAUGAUUAAUUAAUCUAGCUAUUGAGGCAUGCGACUUAUAAAUUGUAAACUAGUAUUUUCAUCUUUAAAGUUGUUGAUUUGCUUCUAUGUAUCUUCUGCUCUGUAUUUUAUAGAUAACACCAUUUGUUCCAAUGUCUAGAACAAUUGUGAGUGUAGCUUAUUUGGUUGGCGAUAAAUGAUUAUCCUUGCUUAAAGUUAAGACAAACAUAUCAUAGUUUUUUUUUUUUUGACUAAUGAAAUUAAUCCCUUUUUUUUCCAUGCUGUCAUUGUUUCAAGAAUUUUACUCAAAAUUUGUCCUAGUACUAAAAACCUAGAAGAUAAGUGCAGAAAAUGCUGCAGGCUUGGAAAAAAAUUAUCUGCAGCCAGUAACUUAGAACUGUUUCAUGAUGUUAUAUCUUGCAUGAUAAUAUAUAUGGUCUUAGCAGUUGAACAUCGAUAGAAACACCAAGAACACGGCCUCCUUAAAAAAAAAUCAAAAUGUCGAAGAUCUGCAUGCUGUGAAAAUCUAUGUCACUCAGACACGGAUUGAGUGUUUACUCGGAUACGGGUGUUCAAGUGUCCGACUCGGCUAUUUUGUAGAAAAAAGUCAAGUUUUUAGUUUAAAAUGAAGUAUCCAAAUAAAGUAUCGUGUCGGACACGACAUGACACGACACCCGUUUCUGAGGCAAAUGAAGGUGUCGGAUAAACACUGGUGAAAAUAUCGAAAUAAGCCAGUUGCACCUAACAGGGGUUCAGAAAGCUGUUUGACUAGCUUCAGGCAGAUUAAUGCAAGUCAAGGGAUUCACAGCAAAGCAUUGAACUAUUGAAGAUUCUAUAUAUGAAACUUAUGUUGCUAUAAUCGUAUACUAUCUUUCACUCAAUAAUCAUCUCAUUUGUCGAAAAGCUAACUACCAAGCUGGGAAUUAAAGGAGAUAUUGCAAACUUAGUCAACUUGUGGUCACUUUUAAUUGAGGAUCAAUUAGGUGCAUCCAUAAUAUGAUAAUAGACAGUGGUCAACGCCGUAGCAUGUGGUUUGUGGUGGGCAUGACUGAGUCACUGACUCUACAAUUGCUGAAUUUUUCUGGCACUGUCUCAAUCUUCUUUGAAUCUGAUCGAUUGGCGUUGUUGGAUAUCAAAGCGAAAAUAAGCCAUGAUCCUUUGGAUGUACUAAACUCGUGGAAUGACACCCUCCAGUUUUGCAAGUGGUAUGGUGUUACUUGUGAUCGUAGGCACCAGAGAGUGACAGGACUUGACUUGCAAUCCUCAAAACUCACUGGUAUGCUCUCUCCUCAUAUCGGAAAUUUGAGCUUUCUCAGGGACUUACACCUUGAAAAUAACAAUAUUGGUGGCAUAAUCCCGCCUGAAAUUACUCGUUUGCACUCGUUGCGAAAUCUUUGGCUCACUAAUAAUUCCUUUGAAGGGGAAAUCCCAUCAAACAUAUCAAGUUGCUAUAGGCUUAUUAAUCUAGACCUUACCCGUAAUAGGCUUGUAGGAGAAAUAUUGCCUGUGCUUGGUUCCUUGUCAAAUUUGAAAAUUCUUUAUUUGGUAGGAAACAAGUUGACAGGCAACAUUCCUUCAUCUUUAGGGAACUUAACUCGUCUCUCUAAGCUCUCUUUAGCCAACAACAACUUGGUUGGAAAGAUCUCCUCUAGUCUAGGCAAACUAAAGAACGCGAUCUGGAUUUAUUUAGAAGAUAAUAUGCUUUCCGGAGUAGUACCACCCUCGAUUUUUAACCUUUCUUUAUUGAUAGAAUUAGAUUUAGGCAUGAAUGACUUGGGUGGACAUCUUCCUUCAAAUUUGUUUCACAAUCUUCCUCAUAUUCAAUGGUUCUCUGUAUACUCUAAUCGAUUCAUUGGACAAAUUCCAGCUUCAAUAUCCAAUUCCUCGAAUCUACAAGUUGUGCAAUUUCAGGAUAACAAUCUACAAGGACAAGUUCCUUCUUUGCACAAGUUAGUGAGGCUUUACGCUCUUUUACUUUACCAAAACUCCCUUGGAAAUGGUCUAGCUGGUGAUUUGAAAUUUCUUUCUUCCUUGGCCAACGCCACGAAUUUACAUUUGUUAGAGAUAGCUGAAAAUAACUUCAAAGGAGUUUUUCCUAUAGUCAUAUGCAACUUAUCAUCACUUACUUUUCUCCAAUUCUAUGAUAACAACAUAGGUGGAGAAAUUCCAAACUGCAUUGAAAACCUUGUCAAAUUGCAACAAUUUGAGGUAGAAAAAAAUUCACUUUCUGGUGUCAUUCCUCAAGGCAUAGGAAAGCUCAAAAACCUCAUUAGUGUACAUUUAGGGCACAACCUAUUAUCCGGAGUAAUUCCAUCAUCAAUUGGAAAUUUAACCAUGUUGUCUAGGUGUUCCCUAUCAAAUAAUAGUCUGGAAGGCGAAAUACCUCCAACUCUUGGAAAUUGUAAAUCACUAAUAGGUAUAUAUCUUUCUCAUAAUAAUCUUAGCGGUAGGAUACCCUCACAACUGUUUAAUCUCCCCACCUUGUCGAUCGAUCUUGAUCUAAAUUCAAACCAACUAUCUGGGAUCCUCCCUGAAGAAGUUGGCCAACUCAAGAGUACAAGCAACAUUGAUAUUUCAAAUAACAUGUUAUCAGGCCCGUUACCAAGCUCUCUUGGUAGUUGUGUGUCUUUAGAAACUCUAUACUUGUGGGGAAACGAUUUUCAAGGCUCUAUUCCUAAUACAUUGCAAAAUUUGAAGGGUCUCCUUGAGUUAGAUUUGUCCUACAACAAUUUUUCAGGAGAAAUCCCAACAUUUCUAGUGAGCCUCGAGUUGCAAGGCCUUGAUCUGUCACAUAAUAAUCUUGAAGGUGAAGUACCCACAGAUGGAGUCUUUAGCAAUGCAACCGCCAUUUUCAUUACUGGAAACAAUAGGCUCUGUGGAGGCAUACCUGAGUUAAAGUUGCCUCGGUGCAAUUUUACCCACAACACCAAGAAAAGAAGAUUGAGGGCCAGGAACAACUUGACAAUAGUAAUUCUUUACGCGUUAUUUGGAGUUAUUUUGCUUGUGGCGUUACUUGUGUUAAUCUAUGUCUUAUGGGGAAGGAGGGUUAGGAAGCCUAUAAUUUCUAAUGAUUCAGAAAAUUUUCCAAGUUUGUCUUACCACACCCUUCUUAAAGCCACAAAUGGGCUUUCUUCAGAAAAUUUGAUUGGUAGUGGAACAUUUGGGGAUGUGUACAAGGGAGUGCUCGAGGAGGAUGGACCAAUAGUUGCCAUCAAGAUAUUUAAUCUUCAAAGUCAUGGAGCUUCUAAGAGUUUUAUGGCUGAAUGUGAGGUCCUUCGUAGUAUCCGACAUCGAAAUCUUCUCAAAGUGAUAACAGCUUGCUCAAGUCUUGACCAUCAAGGUAGAGAUUUCAAGGCUUUGGUUUAUGAGUUCAUGGAAAAUGGAAGUUUGGAAGAUUGGUUGCAUCCAUUAUCACAGGGAACCAACAGCGAGGAAGACAAUAGUAUUACCUCUCAGAACUUAAAUCUUCGCCAAAGGCUUGAUAUUGCAGUUGAUGUUGCAUUUGCCUUGGAUUAUCUCCAUCACGAUAGUGGUGCCUCGAUAAUUCACUGUGAUCUCAAGCCGAGCAAUGUGCUGCUUGAUCACGAAAUGGUCGCACAUGUCGGUGACUUUGGGUUGGCCAAGUUCCUCCCACAAGAAAAUAACAUCUGUCAUGUAAAUGAGUCGAGCUCUAUUGGAGUUAGAGGAACUAUAGGUUACACUCCUCCAGAAUACGGUUUGGGAAAUGAGGUAUCAACUUGUGGCGAUGUCUAUAGUUUUGGGAUCCUUCUACUAGAAAUGUUUACAGGAAAGAGGCCUACUAAUGACAUGUUCAAAGAGGGCCAAAGCCUGCAUGGGUUUGUAAAAGAAGCUCUGCCUGAAUAUGUGACCGAGGUUCUAGAUCAUGCCCUGCUUGAAGACAUGAACAGAGAGGAGAUGGAUAGCAGCCUAAUGUUGGAGGCCUUGACCUCUGUACUUGGAAUAGCACUUUCAUGCUCAGUUGAGGUUCCGCAAGAAAGGUUGGACAUGAGUGAUGUUGCUGCAAAGCUAUCGUCGACUAGAAAUAAGCUCCUUGGGACUCGCUUGAAACAAAGGAGGAGAAAUCAAGCAGGCAUAGGUACAAGCUUGAAUAAUGUUCAUCCAAGUUGAUCUGCCAGUGAGAAAGCAACUUUUGGUGUGUGUGUGAAGACUGCAACUUAGCAAAGAGAUAAUAAUGCAUUAUGCAUCAUCUGUAUGACAUUAUAAAAGAUGUAUUAUUUUGGGAUUGGGAAAAUCAAGUAAUAAGUUUUAUCAA